UUGAGACACACUUGCCACAGAGAGGUGAAAUGGCAGAGAAAGAAGUUCAGCUGGACCAGGAAACAAUUUCAUGUUCAAUCUGUCUCGAUCUACUGAAGGAUCCGGUGACUAUUCCCUGUGGACACAGCUACUGCAUGAACUGUAUUAAAACCCACUGGGAUCAAGAAAAGGAGAAGGAAAUCCACAGCUGCCCUCAGUGUAGGCAGACCUUCACACCGAGGCCUGUCCUGGUGAAAAACACCAUGUUUGCAGCUUUAGUGGAGGAACUGAAGAAGACUGGACUCCAAGCUGCUCCUGCUGAUCACUGCUAUGCUGGACCUGAAGAUGUGUCCUGUGAUGUCUGCACUGGGAGAAAACUGAAAGCCUUCAAGUCCUGUCUGGUCUGUUUGGCCUCUUAUUGUGAGAAACACCUCCAGCCUCAUUAUGAUGUUGUUCAGUUAAAGAAACACAAGCUGGUGGACCCCUCCAGGAAGCUCCAGGAGAACAUCUGCUCUCGUCAUGAUGAGGUGAUGAAGAUGUUCUGCCGUACUGAUCAGCAGUGUAUCUGUUAUCUCUGCUCUGUGGAGGAACAUAAAGGCCACGACACAGUCUCAGCUGCAGCAGAAAGGACUGAGAGGCAGAGAGAGCUUGAGGUGAGUCGACAAAACAUCCAACAGAGAAUCCUGGACAGAGUAAAAGAUGUGAAGGUGUUUCAACGGGAGGUGGAGGCUAUCAGUCGCUCUGCUGAUAAAGCAGUGGAGGACAGUGAGAAGAUCUUCACUGAGAUGAUCCGUCUCAUCCAGAAAAGAAGCUCUGAUGUGAAGCAGCAGGUCAGAUCCCAGCAGGAAACUGUAGCGACUCGAGUCAAAGAGCUUCAGGAGAAGAUGGAGCAGGAGAUCACUGAGCUGAAGAGGAAAGACGCUGAGAUGAAGAAGCUGUCACACACAGAGGACCACACCCAGUUUCUACACAACUACCCCUCACUGUCAGCACUCAGUGAAUCUACAUCCAGCAUCAAUAUCCGUCCUCUGAGGUACUUUGAGGAUGUGACAGCGGCUGUUUCAGAGCUCAGAGAUAAACUACAGGACGUUCUGAGAGAGAAAUGGACAAACGUCUCACUGACAGUGACUGAAGUGGAUGUUUUACUGCCACAACCAGAGCCCAAGACCAGAGCUGAUUUCUUAAGAUAUUCAGGUGAAAUCACACUGGAUCCAAACACAGCACACACACAGCUGUUAUUAUCUGAGGGGAACAGAAAAGCAACAGUAAUGAGUAAACAACAGACUUAUUCAAGUCACCCAGACAGAUUCACUAAAUUUUGUCAGGUCCUGAGUAGAGAGAGUCUGACUGGACGUUGUUACUGGGAGGUGGAGUGGAGAGGGGAAGGAGUUUGCAUAGCAGUUGCAUACAAGAAUAUCAUCAGAGCAGGGAGCCAAAAAAAUUGUGGAUUUGGAUUCAAUGACAAAUCUUGGGCUUUAAGUUGUAACAACAACAGUUAUACGUUUUGUUACAACAAUGUCCAAACUCCAGUCUCAGGUCCUCCGUCCUCCAGAGUUGGAGUGUAUCUGGAUCACAGUGCAGGUAUUCUGUCCUUCUACAGCGUCUCCAAAACCAUGACUCUCCUCCACAGAGUCCAGACCACAUUCACUCAGCCUCUUUAUGCUGGACUUUGUUUUUUUUUUUUUGUAGACACUGCUGAGUUCUGUAAACUGAAGUAGACGGAAGUCCUUUAAGGGACAACAUGUUAAAUUCUGUAUUUCUGUACUUAAACUGAUAUCUUCCUCAUGUUUUUGUUUCUGAGAGCUGAUUGAUCACCUGUCAAUCAAACAUUGUGGGCGGUACUUUGACAUCUUCUCAAAUGUUUGAGUUUCUUUAGUUGGAGCUCCUACCUGUGUCUGUUUAACCAUGGAGGCUAUCACUGCUCAUGAUGAUAUUUGACAUUUCUCUGUAUGUUAAUAUAAACUUCUGUUUGCUCUCAAUGUUUGCUGAAUAUUUGUAUUGAUGUAUUUGUUAUUGUUUCUCUUUCACUUUGUGUUUCUUUACAGGGAACGCACCAGACCUUCCUUUAUCUUAGAGAUUUUGUUCUUACCACAAAUGUCUGAUUACAUUUUUAUUUAUUUCUGUGGCAGAUUAAAUGUUGUACAAAGAUAAAUAAUGUACUAUUGGGUGUAAAAACAAUUGUUUUUUCUUUACACACGCUUCUCAUUGGGCACAUUAUUCUCUUUUCAUUGUUUUGCUGAUGAUACACAGUUGUAUGUGCCUGUUAGAUCCAUUGACUCUUGAAUGCCUUUGUGACCUAAGAAACUGGAUGUCAAAUAAAUUAUAUAAGUUGAACUCAAACCAAACAGAGAUCCUUGUCAUCGGCUCCCAGCACAUGACAAAAUAAAUUAUUCUAUCUGCUGGUUUUAGAGGCCCUGUUUAAGCCUCUUAACAUGGGCUCCCAGUACGUUUUACAAUUGAUUUUAAGAUUUCACUGAUUACUUCUAAGGCUCUUCAUGGCCUGUUCGACUACUAUAUCUCCAAGCUCUUUGUAAGGCACUCUCUGGAUCGUACUUUUAGAUGCUCGUGGCAGAAGUCCUUUGGUUGUGUCAGUGGCUGAGUCAGUGAUCUGGUUUAAGUCUCUUCUGAAAACAUACUUUUAUUAAAGAGUCUUUCCUGAAGUAUUUUUUAUUUCCAAUAAAUGAUUUUACAUAUUUAUUUAAAACAGUGGAUAUCCUCCUUUUAUCCUCCUGGUGGUAGUUUGGCUGAUGACACUCACUAAUCAGGGUGUUUACUGCCCUCCCUCAUUUUAAUUUAAUUUGUUCUACCAGCUACUGAAGUUCAGGUUGACCAUGUUAAGGUUGUGUAUCUGAAGUUUGUCCUCAUAUGGAUCCUUUUGUGUGAAGAAUUGUGUCAACAUGAUCAAUAAAACUUAAAUCCUUCACUGAUAUAAUGAGA